AUGCAGCCCCCAGAGAUGAUGUUGUGUUUGACUGUGGUUCUACUGGUGACAUGGACCUUGGGGGGUGCCCAGGAAAACAUCUUCUGGGAGGUCCAGCGCUAUGACGGCUGGUACAACAACCUGCUGCACCACGGCCGUGGCUCGGUGGGUGCCCGGCUGCUGCGUCUCCUGCCGGCCAACUACGCGGAUGGCGUCUACCAGGCUCUGCAGGAGCCCCACGUGCCCAACGCUCGCCAGCUCAGCAACGUGGUGGCACGGGGACCCUCUGGACUGCCCUCCGGGAGGAACACAACCGUGCUGGCCGUCUUCUUCGGUUUCCACGUUCUCUCAGAGAUCCUGGCGACGGAGAAACCUGGCUGUCCCGCUGAGUUCCUGAACAUCCGCAUCCCGUCUGGGGACCUCGUGUUUGACCCUAAAGGAACUGGCGCCGUGGUCCUGCCCUUCCAGCGCAUCCACUGGGCGCUGGAAACAGGGCAGAGCCCCAACAGCCCCCGAGAGCAGACCAACGAGGUGACAGGCUGGCUGGAUGGCAGCUCCAUCUACGGCCCCUCACACUCCUGGAGCGAUGCCCUGCGGAGCUUCUCGGGGGGACAGCUGGCGGCAGGGCCCAGCGGGCAGUUACCCAAGGAGACGGAUGGGAGGGUCCCCAUGUGGAAAGCUCUGGAUCCAUCCACCGGACAGGGUGGUCCUCGUGGGAUCUACGACCUGGGGAACGCCUGGGGGAAUGAGAACCGCUUCCUGCAGGCCGAGAGCAUCGCUUGGUUUCGGUACCACAACCACCUGGCCACGGAGCUGGCCCAGGCGCAACCCAGCUGGUCCGAUGAGGACAUCUUCCAGCACACUCGCAAGAAGGUCAUCGCCACCUUCCAGAGCAUCGUGCUGUACGAGUGGCUGCCCACGCUGCUGGGGAGAGCUGUCCCGGAGUACACAGGUUACCAGCAGCACAUGGACCCCAGCCUUUCACCGGAGUUCGUGGCAGCAGCGGAACUUUUUCUGGCCACCAUGGUGCCGCCGGGUGUCUACAAGAGGGACCUCAGCUGCCAGUUCCAGAAUGUGUCCAGCCCUGGUGGCACCUUCCCAGCGAUGCGGCUCUGCAACAACUACUGGAGCAGAGAGAGCACUGGGGUGCAGGCAGAAGACGUGGAUGGCCUCCUGCUGGGGAUGAGCUCACAGAUUGCUGAGCGGGAGGACAACAUUUUGGUGGAAGAUCUCCAAGAUUACUGGUACGGGCCUCUGAAGUACUCCCGCACCGACUUCAUGGCCAGCUGGCUGCAGCGCGGGCGCGACCUUGGCCUGCCCACCUACAACCAAGCCCGGGAGCGGUUUGGUUUGCAGCCUCUCCAGGACUGGAUGGACCUUGCCCCACACCUGGAGCAAGAGGUCCUGAAGAACGUUGCUGACCUGUAUGCCAACAACACGGCCAGGCUGGAGAUGCUCCCCGGAGGCAUGCUGGAGGCUGAGAGCCCCCUCUUCAGUGCCAUCAUCCUGGACCAGUUUGUGCGCCUGCGCGACGGCGACAGGUUCUGGUUUGAGAACACCAAGAAUGGGCUCUUCACAGAGGCAGAAGCCAGGGAGAUCCGUAACACCACAUUCCGUGACGUCCUGGCUGCAGUCACCUCUGGAAACCUUACAGACUUCCAGAGCAACGUGUUCGUCUGGAGGCAGGGAGACCCGUGCCCCCAGCCCCAGCAGCUGACAGCUGAACUCCUGGCCAACUGCACGCCCAUGACCGUCCUGGACUACUUUGAAGGCAGUGGUGCAGGCUUCGGGAUCAUCAUUGUUAUUCUCUUCUGCCUGCCUUUAGUGAGUCUGUUUGCUGCCUGGAUCGUUGCCGUUCUCCGCAAGAGAGAUUUCAAGAAGCUGGACAAGAAGAAGGCCAGCGUGCGGCGGGAGGUGGCCAGCGAGGCGAUACACGCCAUGGAGUGGCACGGUCCCAAGACAGACAGCUCUCCUGUCUACAUUCAGCUCCAAGCUGACAAAGUGCUCAAAGUGCUGGAUGGGAGAGGGUCGGUGCUGCGAAGCAUCAGCCUGAAAGCCCAUGGAAGGGUGGAGGUGAUCCUCUCCAACAACAAAGGGAACAAGGCUCUGCUGCUGAAGAGCCCCAAGGAGUACGACCUGGUGCUGCUGUUCAACGAGGAGGCAGAGAGGAGCAACUUCAUGGGGAAGCUACGAGAAUACUUGAGAAAGAGCUGCCUUGAUCUCCUUGUGUCCGAGACGAAGGAGCAGAGCCUGCUGAAACGGGCAGUCACCCAGGAGCAGAGGAAACAAAUUCUGGAGACUUUCUUCAGGCACCUGUUUGCUCAGGUGCUGGACAUCGACGAGUCCGAUGCUGGAGAGCUCAACUUUGAGUCCUCACAGAAGGCAAAGGAGUCUCUGACAUGUGAGCUGAGCAGGGCUGAGUUCGCCGAGGCCCUUGGGCUCAAAGCCCACUCCAUGUUCGUGGACUCCAUGUUCUCCUUGGCGGACAAGGACGGCAAUGGCUACAUCUCCUUCAGGGAGUUCCUGGACAUCUUGGUGGUCUUCAUGAAAGGGUCCUCAGAGGAGAAAUCCAAGGUGAUGUUCAGGAUGUAUGACAUUGAUGAGAAUGGGUUCCUCUCCAAGGAGGAGUUUCUGAGGAUGCUCAGGUCCUUCAUUGAGAUCUCCAACAACUGCCUGUCAAGGGAGCAGGCAGAGCAGGUGACCGAGUCCAUGUUCCGGGCCUCAGGGUUUCAGGACAGGGAUGAGCUGACGUGGGAGGAUUUCCACUACAUGCUGCGGGACCACGACAGCGAGCUUCGUUUCACCCAGCUCUGCAUCAAAGGUGUCCCCGAGGUGUUCAAGAAAAACCUGCACAACCGUGUCUCCUUCAUAAAGAAAGAGCCCAGAGGAACUGUCUCAGAUGGGGAGAGAGACCCAAACCUGGAGACGGUGGCCCACUACAGGGAUCAAGAAGGGCAGGAGCUGAGGAAGAGAACAGGCAGAAAGGCAAAUCAGUACCAGCUGCAUUUGUACACCGAAGCACAGCGGAAGAAGUACCAGCGAAACAAAGUUCAGCAGAAGAUCCAGGAGUUCAAGCGUUUCAUUGAGAAUUACCGGCGCCACAUCGUCUGCGUGGUCCUGUUCUCAGCCAUCACCGCCGGCUUGUUUGUGGAGAGGGCAUACUACUACGCCUUUGCAUCCCCCAGCACUGGAAUUGCCCAGACCACCUUUGUCGGGAUCAUCAUCUCCCGAGGAUCAGCCGCCUGCGUCUCCUUCAUGUACUCCUACAUCCUGCUCACCAUGUGCCGCAACCUCAUCACCGUCCUGCGGGAGACGUUCCUCAAUCACUACAUCCCCUUUGAUGCCGCCGUGGACUUCCACCGCUGGAUUGCCAUGGCAGCCCUGAUUUUCUCAGUGCUCCACACCGCGGGUCACAUAGUCAACGUCUACAUCUUCUCAGUCACGCCUCUCAGCGUCUUGUCCUGCCUCUUUUCCAGCGUCUUUAUGAACGAUGGGUCACAGCUCCCUCAGAAGUAUUACUGGUGGGUCUUCCAGUCCAUUCCAGGCAUGACAGGAGUGCUGCUGCUCAUCAUCCUGGCCGUCAUGUACGUGUUCGCCACCCACCACUUCCGACGUGUCAGCUUCCAGGCCUUCUGGAUCACCCACCACCUCUACGUGCUGCUCUACGUCCUGGUCAUCAUCCACGGCAGCUACGCUCUGGUCCAGCAGCCCCGCUUCCACAUCUACUUCAUCAUCCCAGCUCUCAUCUACGGCGCAGACAAGCUGCUCAGCCUGAGCAGGAAGAAGGUGGAGAUCAAUGUGGUGAAAGCCGAGCUCCUGCCCUCAGGCGUCACCCACCUGCGGUUCCAGCGGCCGCAGGACUUUGACUACAAGUCCGGGCAGUGGGUGCGCAUCGCCUGCAUGGCCCUGGGCACCACCGAGUACCACCCCUUCACCCUCACCUCGGCACCCCACGAGGACACUCUGAGCCUGCACAUCCGUGCCGUGGGGCCCUGGACCACCCGCCUGCGGGAGCUCUAUGCCCCGGAGAGCCUGGCUGUCCUCGGCAAGCUGCCCAAGCUCUAUCUGGACGGGCCCUUCGGGGAGGGCCACCAGGAGUGGCACAAGUUUGAGGUGUCGGUGUUGGUGGGAGGAGGCAUCGGGGUGACGCCCUUCGCAUCCAUCCUCAAGGACCUGGUCUUCAAGUCGUCCAUCAACUCCAAGCUGAUGUGUAAGAAGAUCUAUUUCAUCUGGGUGACACGCACACAGCGGCAGUUCGAGUGGCUGGCAGACAUCAUCCGCGAGGUGGAGGAGGCAGACAAGAACGAGCUGGUCUCCGUGCACAUCUACAUCACGCAGCUGGCCGAGAAGUUCGACCUGCGCACCACCAUGCUGUACAUCUGCGAGCGGCACUUCCAGAAGGUGCUGAACAAGAGCCUGUUCACGGGGCUGCGCUCCAUCACCCAUUUUGGGCGCCCGCCGUUCGUACCCUUCUUCGACUCGCUGCAGGAGGUGCACCCUGAGGUGCACAAGAUCGGGGUGUUCAGCUGUGGUCCGCCUGGAAUGACGAAGAGCGUGGAGAAGGCGUGCCAGCAGCUGAACAAGAAGGACCAGGCCUACUUUGCACAUCACUACGAGAACUUCUAACCCUACCCACAUUUUACUCCUGUGGACUGCAGUCGCCAUGGGAAAUGUGUGUUUGACCCCAGCACCCAUGCAGCGAGGCUUCGGGGGUGGUUGUGGUCCCAGGCUCCCAUCUUCUGCCAUCCCUGGAAGAAACCCACCCAUGACCACGAGCAGCCUGGCACACACAGGAGCCGAGACCCGGUGCUUGGUGCACCAGCAGAACACUGCUCUCCUGGCAUUGCCCUGGCCGUGAGCCCCACGUGCUGGCAGGCUUGUCUGUCUCAAUGCAGGAACCCAAAAUUUGGUUCAAGCCCAGCUCCGCCACCUUGAUCCUGCAAGCUGGAGGCCCUGUGGGGUCACAGGGGAAUGGCUCUGAAGCACUUCAGGAAAGGGGCUUGGUGCCUGCACAACCCCAAUUCACAGCUUUGCCCACAGACCUGGGCAGGGGACACGCACAUGGGGUGAGGAGGCAGUGAGCUCCCCACUGCCCCUCUCCUGCAAACGGGCUCAGCUUCGCUACUGUGCCUGCUCAUCAGUGCUCUGAGCCUUCCCUGGGUUUGCUUAGGGCCUUAGCAGUGUUUGUGUUGGCUUCUUUCAGCAGCAUCCCCAUCACUUUGAUCAGGGAUCAUUUGUGCUUGUUUAACUAAUGCCUGGCUAUGCAUCGCUGGGCUGCUGCUCUCGCGGGCUGUGAUUGAGCAACAGGAUUUUAUCUUUGCUUAAAUAAAGCUGACUGAAGUUUUCAAUCA